AAUCAGCAAAAUACGGGCCUGAGAAAAUCCGAAGAUGUCAAAGCCUCCAGAGUCGAUUCCCCAGAUAACUGAAAUCAUUCGGGGCUCCGAUUAAAAAUCCACUCGUGCCGUGCACAAUCGCACUUAAAUUCAACGUAAUACGUGGAGUUUUGACGUAACAACAGGUUAGCAAAAAAAAAAAAAUCUGUUAAGUCUCGAUCCAAGAUCAGAAUUUCCAGGGUUUUGAGGGUGAGAAUUGUUUUGAAUGGGGAUUCAAACAAUGGGAUCCCAAAGCAGUGGCCAGCAGUCUCAUUUACAGCCGUCUCCGUUGGUGAGACAGAAUUCAUGGUAUAGUCUCACUCUAAAUGAAGUUGAAAACCAACUAGGGAUGUUGGGAAAGCCCCUAGGUAGCAUGAACCUUGAUGAGCUUCUUAAUAAUGUAUGGACUACCGAAUCAAAUCAGCCCUUACGGAUAGAUACUGAGAGUACCUCAUCAUCAUCUUCUCUCCAACGUCAGGCUAGCCUAACCUUGGCUAGAGCUUUCAGUGGGAAGACAGUUGAUCAAGUGUGGAACGAGAUACAACAAGGGCAGAGGAAGAGGUUCGGUGAGGAGAUGAAGGGUCAGGAAAGAGAACCAACACUUGGUGAAACGACAUUGGAGGAUUUUUUGGUACAAGCAGGGCUUUUUGUUGCUGACGCAUCUUUAGGUGCUACAAUGGAAUUGGAUAGCACCCCAAAAAGUUUUCUGCCGCAAAUUGGAUUGUCACCUACGCCGUCACUUGGCACAUUAUCAGACACAAGUAUGAAAGGGCGGAAAAGGGAUAGCCAAGAUGCACUUGAGAAGACCAUUGAGAGGAGGUUGAGGAGAAAGAUCAAGAAUAGGGAAUCUGCUGCACGCUCACGAGCCAGAAAGCAGGCUUACCAUAAUGAGCUGGUGACCAAGGUUUCACGAUUGGAAGAGGAAAAUAUAAAGCUUAAGGAAGAGAAGGUAGAAUCUUUGAUCCACAUUGCUAUGUGGCUUGACAUCGGCACCCUGAAACGUGUCUCAAAGAUUUUAAUAUGUGCAUUUAAUGUUGUUUAAAUAGAUAACCAUACAAAACCAUCUACUCAAAGCAAAUGGAGACUGGAGUGAGGUUUGACUUUCUAGAAAAUUUAUAAUGAUGUGCCAUUAUUCAUCAUUCUUACCAUAUCAGAAGAUUUGAAAUACUGGCCCUUGACAUGACUAGGGGACUUGGAUGAGACUGCCAAAAGGAGAUCAGAAAGAUGAUCCUUCAUAAGUAAUGAGAUCUGAUAACAGAAAACUGUCAAAGUUACUUGGUUUUGAGUUUAGUCCAAUCAACCUUGAUGGGAUUGCUACUCAUAAGAAAAUUAGAGUAAGUUGUAACAAAUUCAGGGUGAUAAAUAGAAUAUAAGCAGCUUGUCCUUUAGAAUUAUUUAAGAUACAUUCUGAGAUGCAGCCAUCUACUGAUUUUGGUAGUAGUUAUACGUAAAAUUUAAUCCAUUUUUUGUUCUGUUUGAUAUAUACUGAUAGGAAGCUUGCAAUUGUGCCAGUUAUGGCUGUGUACCCUAAUCAAUAUGUGGUCUUAUUCUGGCCCAUUAUGUUGAGUCGUUAGUUUAUAUAAUUUGGAUCAAGAAUUCAAGACUAUUAGAAUAACAUAUGGAUGAACAAAAAUACAUAUCAUCACAUACGAAAGGUUGAUGGAUAAGAAUUUCGAAGAACUGACUGUUCAUCCUGGUGAUGCUAUUUUCUUACUAGGUUUGAUUUCUACAAGUUUGUUGCAUUCAAUUGAUUGCACAAGAAGUGCCAGAACUGAAGCUAUACAUUCAAUGGUUUUAUUUCUCAGAGCUUGUUCUAUCUGACUAUGUAUUCUUUUGAACACUUAUUGCAGAAAUUUGAGAAAAUUUUUCAUUGUGAAACACCCGUUCCUAAGUAUCAGCUUAGAAGAACGAGCUCAGCCUCUUUCUGACACGUGUCUUCCAGUGUUGAGAGUUUUGUAGUUGCGGUAAAUGUUAGGGCUAUCCUCUUGGUUUGUCAAUGGAGCUGCUUUGGGAAUUCAUCCAAGGGUUUGGUGUUUUGUACAUUUAUAAGUUAUAGUAUGUUGGUAUUCAACUGCUUCCAGAAACUGCCAUGUUUAUAAGUUAGGCUCUCUUUAUUUUACUGAAAGACAAACUGAAUUUGUGCUGAUUAGCUUAAUUUCUCCCUUUCAUGUUAGCAAGAAACAAGGGGAUCAAAUAUAAAAGUAGAAAGAGUUGGCAUUGUGCAGUUGAAGGUUGUGAUGAACUAGUGAAAAUAUAUUGAAUGUCCUUGAGUUACUAUCAAACAGUUAGCACAAUCAGUGCUAUAUCAUUAUCCAUGGUUACUUUUUCGCAUGAAA